GCCGCCGUGAAGUGCAGACGACGCGCGCGUCCUCAACUAACCUCAACAAUACCGGCGUGUUAGUGUACCAGUGGCGUUGUAUUGUGUUUGUGGCUUGUUUUGAUAUGAUGGCAUUAAAGAUCACCAAAUGGUUCUAAGCUUGAAGAGUUCGCCUCCUUCUCCACCCAGGACUGAGUCUCUGUGGGACACACAGAUGUUCAGCAUGGAAACCUUCUCGUACGACGACACGGCUAAUGACCUGGGGGACUUGUUUGGAGACACGGACUUUGGCGAUCAGAUGAGCGAUGUGUUCAGCAAGGGCGCUGACGACGACUGGAGCUCCGGCCUGCUGGAUGUCAAACCCCAGGUGAUCCUACACGACCGCCUCAUGACAGAUGCCGCCCUCGGCACGGCGCCCAUCAAGACAGAGCAUUCCUACUGUAGCCUCAACACCUCCACCGACAGCCCGCCUGACUCGCCGCUCAAAAUGGAAGAAGACACAGAGGACGAGUGUUUCCCACCCAUGAAGCUACAGAGGCGAGACAGAAGUGAAGUGAGGCAUUCCGAGGCAGACUCCGAUGUAGAGACUGAACCAGAGACUGAGAUCAUCAUCAAAGAUGAACCUCUCAGUGAACCAGACAGUCCGAUGUCAUCCUGUCCCGCCUCACCAGCCCCGCCUGCCCCCGCGCUGAUACAUCGGCACACACACAGGAUACACCAUGAACAACACAAACUCAAGUCAGGUCAAAGUUUGCUGAAGCAGCCUACAGCUGUACUGAUGACCAGGUCUAGCCUCAGUCACAUGGUUGUACCUACCCUCAGCAUCAAGCUGGAACCUCAAAAUUCAGGGUUUUCUCUGCCGCCAACACCUCCCUCGUCGACGUCUAGUGACAGUGAAGGCAACGUGUCACCCUCUCACUCACACCCCUCCUCCCCUGCGCGCAGACUGUUUCUGUCUGCCUCCAACCACCACUCGACAACGUCUACACGACAACCAAUACAGACUCCCCUCAUCAGCAGUCAACCUAAGGGGUCUACGGGUGUGUUACUUCUAACGGAAGAAGAAAAGCGCACGUUACUAGCCGAGGGCUACCCCAUUCCCACUCGCCUACCCCUCACUAAAGCUGAGGAAAAGUCUCUCAAGAAGAUUAGGAGAAAAAUUAAAAAUAAGAUAAGUGCACAAGAGAGUAGACGCAAGAAGAAGGAGUAUAUGGACGCUCUGGAGAGGAAAGUAGAGUUGCUGUCUUCUGAGAACUCGGAAUAUCGAAAGAAGAUCAACAGCUUAGAAGACACAAACUGUUCUCUUGUCAGUCAGCUGCAUAAGUUACAGGCCAUCAUAGCACGCACACAUAAUUUAUCACCACAUUCAAGAAGUGCCAAGUAGAUGAUUUGAGUGUCUCAACCAUUGUAAAUAUAGGUGCAGGGAGGAAAACCGCUAGUCUUCCCCUACAAUGUACAAAGCAGGGAAAUCUUUGCCUGGACUACAGGAAGGGUUCAAGUUGGUGCCUAGUGUUGGUGUGCUUGACAAUUUGAAACCAAACUCAAUUCUUCCAUCCAUCUUCGUUUUAAAUCUAGUUGAAUUUUAAUAUAUCGAGAUCUAUUUUAAGAUAAUAUUUUAUAUAUUUGUUGAUAGAUGAAAAUAAUAUAUUUAUGUAUUCCAGAUUGCGAUAUAUUUUGGGAUAAAAAUGUAGAGUAGAAAAUUAUGGACUUGCACAGUGAAAUCGGUAGUUUAUUUAUUUUAUUAGACUCGUAUAAGAAUUUGAUAUAUUUAUAUUGGUGUUUAUGAAGAUCUUGAUUGAUUAUGUGAAAUUUACUUUGCACUUUUCAGUAGUUAGUUUAAUUUUAAAAUUGCUCAAGAUUGUGUGUAAAAAUUAUUUUAAAUCAUAGUUUUGUCUUUUUAUUGCAAUAACCAAUUGUUGGCUGUGUACUUUAUGCUAAGAAUAAAACUAAUUUAAAUGAUUAGAAGUUUCAAGACUCAUCUUUCAAAUGUUGCGGAUGACUGUUUUUAACUUUAUUUUUUUCGUACCAUUAAAUUAUUACUGUAUGAGAUAAAACAUUAGUUUUAACUUUAUAAUUAAAGUUAGAUUUUUAAAAUUGAACUUUUUUAGUAUGUUUACAAAGUUUAACAUUUAACAAAAUUUCAUUGGAAUUUUUUAAUUGUAUUAUACCAUACAUGUACUUAAAUAUUGAGCUGUACCGGAGUUGCAGUCAUCUUAACAGAAUUGAAGCUUGUUAACUAUAGAAUUAAAAAAACGUGAAAUAUUUUUAUAUAAAAAUAAAUAAAUUUGUAAUAAAAAAUAUAUUCAUGGCCAGAGCUACUAAGGAAAAUUCAGGAUUGUGAUGUUUAAUUUUUGGUGUAUUAAAGGUAAUAAAAACCUAAAUACCGGAAAUAAGUAAUAGUAAUAGUAAUAGUGAGUGCAUGCAUUUAUUCAUUCAUUAAAGGUUUUUGUUACAAGUAUAAAGAAACUAACAAAGAUUUAUAAAGAAUAUUAUUACAGUAAUAGACUUAUUGAAUUGUCUACUCUAAAGAACUAUAAUUUUCAGAAGCUUGGGCGAAUUUCAAAAACAUGAAAUGAAUUUUGCAAUAUAACAUGAUGUAAUUUACACCCUUUAUUUCUAAAAAUUGUAAUUAGUAAGUUCCAAGAUUUUGGGUUUUGCUUCCUUUCUUGGCAGUGGCCCUGGCCAUGAAUAAGUAUUUAGAAGCUUCUUUGUUUAUAAAGAACAGUAUACUAUGACUGUAAUAUGUUCCUAACAAUAUUAAUGAUAAAAACACUACAAAAAUAAUGAUAAUAUCAUUCAACAUUUUAAUUUAUUAUUUAAUAUUAAAAAUACAUUAUCACAUUCAUUAUUUCAAAAUAUACUGUAUGAGGUCAUUUUAAAAUUUAUAGUUUUCUAAUUGUUUAAAAUGAAAAGAGUAUUAAUUAAUUAAGUAGAUAGUAGCCAUUUUAACUAUGAAGAAUGUAUAUAGUAUUUUGUUUUUAAACCAUAUUUUUGAUAAUCAUGUUAAUUUUUGUGCAUGAUAAUGAAUCAAGAUAGGUACUAAAAUCAAGAGUUUUAACUGUUAUAUAUUUAUAGGUGUCUAUAAAUUGUUGUAUUUUAUCCACUUAUUCAGAUUUUAUUCUACAAAACACUGUUAAUUUAAUGAAAUUACUUUGUACAGUUGAAAAUAAUAGGCUUAAUGUUAAAAAUUUCAGAGUUAUUUAAAUGUAAUGUUUUUAAUUGUAAUUUUUAAACAUACGAUGUAUAUAAUAUUUUAUUGCUUAGAUAGGUACCUGCCAAUAAUAACGCUAAUAUUUUGGAGUUCAACUUAUAAGUUCUAAAUGAUGACUUUAUUUGGAAUUUCAUAUACCAAAUACAAAGAUUAUUCUUAAUAUUGAUAUGAUAUGCAUUUAUUUUUUCAUUGUUAACCUGAAAAUAGUUUAACGUGGUUUGAAAAAAAUAUAAUUGCUACAAUCAGGCAUAACUAAUUCAGAGUUGAUGGAACAUUUGCAAACACCAAACUAAUACCUCGUUGACCAAGGCUCAUAUUAUUCAAUGUUUAAACAUAACCUCAAAUUCUAUCUUCUGAUAUCUUGGUUUGAUAUUUUUGAUGAUUUUAACUAUGAAUACAUUCCAUCUUGUACAUUCAUAUUAUCAAGUCAUCUUUGUAUAUUCCAAAGUGUUGCCAGAAAGGGCCAAAUCAAAAGCUUAAAAGUAUUUUUCCUACAGUCACCCAACAAAGUAGGCUUCCCUGUACUGUUUAUAGUACAGAAAGCUGCUAAUUGCUGCAUAUUUAUACUUUGCCGUACGGUUUAUACUUUGCCGCACAUCAGGAUUCCAACGAAACAACACAAAACAGCGUGGUUUUAUUAUGCACGUAAUCCGUGUACGCUUGGAAAUAGGUUGGCAACACUUAAAGAUAAUAAUACUAUGAGCAGCUGAUUGACUAUUAUACCUACGAUUUAACCUGUCAUUUUGUGUUUAUAGUUUCGGCAUUUCUGAACUUUCUGGACUUUUCUUUUAAACGUUUUGAAAACAUUCCUACGAUCUUAAUAAACAAGAAAAUACCUUUAAAGCAUUUUUUAGUAUUUUUUUGUAAUUUGAAACCACUUCAAAUUACAAAAAACAUACGGAACUAUAUUUUCAAAACGCGGAGCACAUUUCUUGCCGAGGAAAAAUAGCGGAGUGAUACGGACCUCGGGUACUACUUUCUCUAGGGCACCAUUUGUGUUACCAGCUGAACCUAAAAACGUGUUGUAUAGUGUUUGAAAGACUAAUUAUUUAUAUGCUUUAUAGUGACUGUAGGAAAAAUAUAAUGUGUAACACGAGUGAAAAAGGCCUUUGCUGCACUCGAGAUCAUUCCAACAAACAUUGCUCAGUAACACAUUGAACAACAACAACAUUGCUCUCGUGUGCAGCAAAGUGCCACUUUCACCACUAGUUACACAAAUAACUAUUGUAAGAGAUAUCUAUUAAUUUAAAUUGCUGGCUUACAAAAGUGGUUAUUUACAGGUUAGGAAUUGAUUUCCUUACAAAUAGUUAAAUCUAUAAAUUUAAGAUUAUUACAUUUUCAACACACGUGUAAGAUUCCUCAUCUUGAGUACUUAUUAGUCAAAGCCUCUGGGACAAUGUAAUUAAUUUUUUUAACGUAAUUAAAUCACACAUUGAUACCUUUGUUGUUGCCUGUGUUCUUGAGUAGGUAAGAUGUUUGUGUUCUCGGGAACACAGGCAAUCUAAUAUAUUUCAAGUUCUUGAAACUGGGAUGGAAAAAGAAUAUAAUUGAUACAGUUAAACUCAAUUACAAAGUCAAUAACUAUUCGGGUAAGCCAGCAGCUGUGUGUCUAUUGUACAUAGUUAUCUACCAUAGUCUUAGAAUCACGGUACCAAAUUGAUGUUAAUUUUAAAGUUUGUGCAAUUUUGUUGGUACUACUGAAAGCAUUUAGUUUCAUACUGUGGUUUCCUGUUGUGUUUGUGCUUUUUAUAUUUGCGAAUUUGAAAUCUCAUCUGUUUGAUUUAUUUCAAAGGUUUCCAUGCUUUUUGUGUGACAAUUCAUUUGCUCAUUUUACUGUGAAUCUUUAAAAAAAAUCUGUCAAACAAUAUUUUCCAUAGUAAAAUGUGUAGAGACUUAGAAAAGAUGAGUUUGUGUAGCAACUACAAAUUGUUUGUAAAACUCAAAUGAAUUCACCAACAUAAAACAGUUAAAUUGUGAUUUUAUGAAUAUAAGUAGAUUUAUCACGAAUACAGCAAGGAACCGUUUCUGUUGUGUUUGAGGGGAGCACGGUUGUGUCGAGUCAGCACGCGAAUGCUGUGUGCCUCAGUAAAUGUCCUUACGAGGGACCGAGUUAUACCGAUUA